AUGUUCGCUCUUACCCUUCUUGCCUCUGCUCUCGCGGUCAACGGUAUCGCUAUCCCCCGCGACACUGCUACCAACACCACAUCUGUGCCCGACCCUCACUCGCUCGCUGCCUGGGCAGGAUCCAAUACCACCCUCACCGCCAUCGGCUGUGUGGCCAACACCGAUCUCGCCAACAUCACCUCCAACACCGUCUCUACCAAGGCGGAGGCUAGAGAGUCAUGUGCUACUGCCUGUCUUGAAGAAGGUGGAAGCGAGAUCGCCUACUUCCGGGCCGACACUCAAGAGUGCUACUGUACCAGCGCCGACUCUUACCCCUCUUCUGGCCAGAUCGUCUAUGCCGACGAUGACCUGGGUAACUGCCGAGACGAGGACGAUGCAUCCGUCAACUACUUUGUCUCUCCCUACACCCUCGACGAGUGCUACUACACCGUCAACUCCAACUCGACCGAGACCUUCAACGCUCCUUCCCCCAUCUCGUGUCUGACCGGCUGUACCUCCACCGGCCUUACCAUCCGACCCGAGCUCGACCAGUCUUCCGGCGAGUAUGUCUACGAGUGCGCUUGUUAUGACGAGGAGGUUCAGGGUGGUCAGAGCACCGACUGUGGCUUCGGCGUUGAGUCUGUCUUUACCCAUGUCUAA